AUGAUUACCAUUGCUGGUCUUCUUCUCGCUUUGACGUUAGCGGUCCAAGCAGCAGAUCAGACGCCAGACGUUGCCUACGGUCUUACCGUCGAACACCGUCCAGAUACAGCAUGGCGGCCCUGUCGUUCUACCGGAGACGACAGAACGAACUGUGGAUUCUGCUAUGGUCCGACUGGCGGCUUCCUCGGGUGGAAUUGUGAAUGCGAUACAUUCUGCUCUGGUACGCGGUCGGAAUGUUACUAUAUUCUCGAGUCAGAUCCGGGCACGUACACGAAGGUCAGCUGUGUGCGGGCGUAA